CGCAACGCGACGCGCCUUAAUACACUUGCGAAAUUCAUGGACCAGCACUCACUCAUAGAGGGCAUCCGUGCUGCAUCACUGGAUGUGCUGGAUCAUUUUGCACAUGAUCUUAUUCAAGACUGGCUCCCAACAAACUACCUUCAGACACUCGGUGAUAUCAACCGAACGGACACGUUACGUGCGUGCUUGAUUGUGUUCGUUUUGACGGCAACCAUCAUUGUUCCACGUCAAUUUCAGCUCGAAGCAGUUCUUGCAACUUUGAACGGUCAAGAUAGUGUGAUAACUGCAGGAACAGGCAGUGGGAAGACUUUAUGCAUCAUUAUUCCCAUUCUGCUCCGCCCUGGCACCAUUAGCAUGACUAUCUCACCACUCAAACGUCUGCAGGCCACCCAGGUUCUUGAAUCGACAAAAUAUGGCAUUCCUACGAUCUCGAUCAAUGAGGACACUGCAGCAGAUCCAGCUCUCUGGGAGUCAAUUCGCGUAGGAAAAUUUACUCACCUCAUUGUUUCACCGGAACAACUAUCAAUGUUCAAUGGUCACCUUCCACGCCUCGCACGGCUCCUGGGACAGGAUCAGACCUUCACUCGACGCAUUAAACGUGUGCAUGUUGAUGAAGCUCACAGCAUUUAUACUGCAGGAUUGUCACACCACAGUGAAGAUGCAUUUCGACCGGCUUACAGCAAGCUUGGUGAACUUCGUGUACUUCUUUUCAAGGGCACGACAUUUCAAGCCCUUUCAGUGACACUUCCACCUCACAUUCUCUCAACCGUAAAACACCAGCUUAUGAUGCCACCAGACCAUAUCUAUCUAGCGCUGUCAGCUAACCGUCAAAAUAUUACCUACACAACGACACCACUCAUUGGAGGCCCUCACAAUUUUCAUAAUUUUGACCUCUUGAUCCCAGCAGAGUAUAGACCACCAAUGGUGAUUCCGAAGACACUCAUAUUCCACGAUAAUAAGCAAGAAGCCGCAGAUGCAGCUGCAUACAAUGAUUCCCAUCUGCCGAAACAAUUACAGAAUCAGGGAAUCGUGAAACAUUACCAUAGUGACAUGUCGGCAGAAUACCUUCAGCAAACUUACGAUGAUUUCGCAUCAGUCUCGGGCACUUGUCGUAUCAUCCAUGCUACGUCUGGAGCCUCAACUGGUCUAGACAUACAGGGUGUCAUGAUCGUAAUACAAUAUGGCAUCCCGAGGAACUUGUCGGAGGCACUCCAGCGGGGUGGUUGUGCUGUGCGAGAUGGUCAUUUGUGUGGGCUUUACCUGAUGAUGAUUGAGCCAUGGGCACUGGAGGCUAAUCUGACUGAGGAGCACGAUAACACUGAUGAUCCUGACAGACCGUAUGCAGUAACCACAUUGAAGAAAAACUCAUCAAAAAGAGACCGUACGGGAUGCGCUGCACUACGAUAUGUACAAUCGAAAACAUGUCUUCGGGUGUUCUUUGCGAAGUAUCUCAAUGAUCAGACACCAACAGCACUCCACUAUGUUACCAUAACAUGUUGUGACCGGCAUCCUGAUUCUAACUUCAAUCUGUCUAUGUAUUUCCUUGGCAGCAUGCACUCGUUAGACAGCACCAGUGAUCCAUUCUCAACUGCUCCUCCGAAAUGCAAGCACAACCGACUGCGUGACAAAGAGCUCCGCGCACUUCUACUUGAAAAUCUACACACAUGGAGGGCAGAGGCUCAUUCAAAUCAUCCUCUUCGAUCGGUUUGGCCCAUUACAUGGAUAUGUGACGAUGGUGGCCUUGAACUCCUCAGCAAGACACAUCAAGACAACGUGAAGACGGUAGAUGCCAUUGUUACACUGUUGGAGGAGACUGUGGAGUGGGGAAAGGAUUGUGGAGUACAGAUACUGAAGCUGAUUACUCAGUUCGAUGAGAAGAAUAUUGCAGCGGCUUCAAGUUCUCGGCCAGCUAAGAAAACUCGCACUGGAGCACCUACUAUUCAUGUAUAAUAACAUUCAGCUAUCCUCUGUAGUAGCACUAGCCAAGUCAAAAGCAGCCCUUGGCAACUCGUCUUCCUCCUGCUCGUAUCCUUUGCCUGCCAGCAUUUCUCGCACCUUCCUAUU